GGCAAUUGAUCUCACCGGAGACACACCGAUGCAAACGGGGCGGGAUCCAGUCUUACCGAGUUACAUACGGAAGGAGAAGAUGUCUGCAUUGCUCGCACACGAAGACAUGCCGCUAUCGGCGGCAAUGUUGCGCAUCCCGUACGCACAUCGGCAUCUUAUCGUUCAGGACGACGAAUUGCAAGCAGCAGUAACAUGAGAUGAGACUUUUUACUAACCAUUUGUUCAUGAUAAGAUCGCGGUUGUAGUAAGUCCAUAGUCCUGCUACAACACUGAAUGUUCCAUCAUUGAUUGAUGUUGAUCUAGAAGUUGCAGCUUACAUGUUAGCAGCUAAUUCUUGAUAGAUUUGAUCAUUGUGCUUCUACCAGGACUUAGAGGGCCCGCCGGAGCCUUCGCCGCGGCCGUCUUCCAGCAACCCUGAUGAGGCAGAGGUAGAAGCUCUGGUGCAGGCGAGUGCGCGCAAGAGUGCACGUUUUCACUCUGAUAGCGUGAGUGAUGCAGGAAAAACAGGUGGUCAAGAUCGCCGCAGUAGGUCACCAGCACCCUCCGAGAAUAAGAAGAAGUUUAAACAGCGGCGGAGAAUAGACGAAGUACAUAUUUCGGCUUACGUCUCCGUGGACUGGCCACAGUGUAUGCGCGAGCCAGACCAUAUAUGGAAACGGCGGCAGAGGAUGGUCACCCAGUUGGGUCGGACUGCCACAGGAACAAUUUCGAACGCUAAGUUAUUCGAAACAUUAAUGAAGGUAUUUCCAAUACUAUUCACAUAAUCAGUAUUUUUAUAUUCCCUCUCCUAAGUUGUACAUCUAUGUAUAUUAGCUUUUUCGUCUAUCGACAUUUUGUCUUCACAGGAACAUGCUUAAUCCUGUUGGCAAGGCACUCCUUAUGCCCGUACAAUUACUCUUGUUUCCGACGAUGUCUAGCAAUUUGCUUCGAUAGUCUAGUCUAUAAUGACAGCACGGUAGGCACUUCUUAUCUACUACGAACAAGAAUUAUAUGAUGAUUCAGGUAGACGGGUUCAAAAGGCCUUUUCGAUCUGCUUCGUCCGGUGCCUUGCUGGAUAUCCGAUCGUCAUCAUCAUCUGGAGCUGGGCAACUGACGAUCAAGCCGCCGCAGAUGGCUACUUUUGGCGGAAAUCUGUAUUUGGAUAUGACGCAAGAAGGAAACCUAGCGGUGGAGCUUUUCCGGACUCGGAGAGCCGCGAAUAAGACUGAUAUUCGGGAGAAUACGACGCUCGGACGAACCCUUUUCUCCGCCCAUUCAGGGGCCUCGCGCAUCGUCAACAUGAGCCGGUCGGUGAACCCGGCAGUGAUGACCAAACGACCCAAAACGCCUCUUAAUAGAUGAGAGUGACUGCGGUGGAGGUAAGUGCCUUGUGACGGGAGAGGACCGUGCUGAUCGACGUCAAUGAAACUUGCAGGAAUCUGGGAGUCAGAUGCAGGUAUCACGCUAGGAGAAAUCCGCUUCCCUUGCACAGAAAUGACACAGGCGGUUUUUAGUACAGAGCUCUCCUACCGUUUCUCAAGUUUCAACGAACACAACCAUUAGCAUCGUAUCAACAACAAAACAUGUAUCAAUGAUCUUUCCGUUCAUUUUUCGACCGAGUUUCGCAUUCAUCGUAUCAUAGAUGAUCAUCCACAGACCUCGAGCAGGAUCCUUAUCACUUUGAUGCGCGACUCUGACUUACUCAUCUUAUCGAAGGAGACAAAAUGAAACCCAAAGUUUUGGCGCUGAUGUAUCGGACGCAUAUGUUCUUCUAUUCGCCAGCGUAGAGAGCAUAUUGAAGAUGUAUGUAUCUAUACUAGAAAAUGUACUGAUUAUAUAUAUAUAUCAAAACCAAUGAUCGUAUGUUGUUCAUCAUGCCAUGUGAGCAUGUAUGAUGUUGUAGAGACUGAUUCUUGGCUUAUCAUACGCAUACCAAAAAUCGCGUUUGGCGAUUGACCAUCUUGAUGCACUUUCAUUUUUCAACGAUACUCCUAGUCCUACUUUGUGUUAACGUCGAAAUUAACUAAACUUUCCGCGCCAUAAUGAAUCCACUCGAAAUAAUCCUGAUGUCAUAGUUAUUGAAAUUGAAUAAGUGGUGCUGCAAGUAGAACAACGCAUUUCAUACUAUAACUGUCCUUCUAACCGACUUGGUAAUGGCUAGAAUUAUCAUCUUCUUGUUCUUCCGGAUAGCAAGCUGACGACGAAAUCCCUCAUGCACAUACCGUGAACCGCCACUUGCAGCCACCCCCGAAUUUUAUUCCCCCGAUUUGAUAAUGAUCCAUUAUGUUAUCAGUUCAUUGCCGAAGACAAAUGUAGUGCAGUGUCGCUAUGCACGAAAUAUGAGAAGAAAUUGACAUUUUUCGAAGUCAUACCUGUUGCGUGGUAGUAUACAACUUCUCCAGCAACAUGUUGAAAUUGAGAAGGAGUUGCGAAUGUUGGUAAAGUUGUUCGAGU